AGCUAUUACUCUUCUUUUCAUAGCUCUCAUGCUCAACGACAGGGAAAUAUCGGCCCUGUGGGUGACCUCAUCGUCUCCAAUGGGAACGUCAACCCCGAUGGAUUUGAACGCCUCACUGCAUUGGCCAACUCCCAGAUAGACGGCGCCCUCAUUAAAGGAAACAAGGGAGACGUAUUCCAGAUCAAUGUUGUCAACCAGCUCGACAACAAUACCAUUCUACAGAGCACGUCUAUUCACCGGCACGGACUCUUCCAGAAAGGAACUGGGUGGGCUGAUGGGCCCGCCUUUGUGAACCAGUGCCCUAUUGUGAAAGGCGACUCGUUUCUCUAUACAUUUGAUUCUGCCGACCAAGCUGGAACGUUCUGGUACCACUCUCAUUUGGCUACUCAGUACUGUGACGGGCUUCGCAGGCCUUUCAUCAUCUACGACCCUAACGAUCCACAGGCCGACCUGUAUGAUGUCGAUGAUGGUACGUUGGCAUGCCUUCUUGAUUAU